AUGCAGCUUCUCAACAACGACCGUCGUUCAAAGGACAGAAGGAGGAACCAGAGCGCGGACGUUUACCAGUGUGUACUUUGCAAGAAAAUGAACACCUGGAAAGCGAUUAAGAUCGUUGGGGAUGAGUUCCUUAGCGACCCCUGUGCUAUAGGACAUGUCUGCAGUCCAGUCGAAGGAGGAGAUGAUAAAGCAAAGAGAGUUGGAUAUCAGAAAGUUCAGGAGAUAAAGAGCGACCCGUUAUAUGCGGGGCGCGUUCCUAGGCAGGUCUACGAGGAAAUGCUAACAAAGGCGAGCCAGGAACAUGAUGAGGACGUCAUCACGGCCCUCUAUGGAUGGGGAUUUGGGAUGAAAAGACAAGCGAUAUCGAGGGCUAUAAAUUCGUUGAAGGAUAGAGCGGUGACCCUGGAGCAUAUUCCGGAUGAUCUCGCGAUGCUUAGCGACGGCAGAAGGUUUCUUCAGGAGCAAGGUCCGGAAGUGCAUGUGUACUACUCCGAAGAGACCAUCGAAAUGGCGUGCUGCACUGGGCUAUACGCCAUAGUGGCUGAUGGUGUUCACACCAAGCAGCCCAAGGAACUGAUGCAGUUGUACUGCGUCCACGGCGUAUGCGACGGCGGCGUGGAGGUCCCACUUCUUUAUGCGAUGACGGCCCACAAGACUGAGGGCGUCUACACGAAGAUCUUUGGGCACUUGAAGGACCUCUUCGAACAGUACCGUCCAAGACCAGUGCAGCGUCUUCGAAUAGUCCUUGAUUUUGAGAAGGCGUCGAUCGCGGCAGCGCGGCGCCUAUUCCCUGAAGCGAAGGUUGAAGGUUGCGCCUUCCACUUGGCGCAAGCCUGGAAUAGGCGCAAGAACUCAUCCAAGCUGAACAGUUCAUCCAGUGGCCACGGCCAGAUUCCGGUGGGGGUGACCGAGUGGUGGGACACAAUAAAAGGAGUGGUUUUCCUCCCAAGCGACUCUACCCAGAGAGUUCGAGCGCUGUGGAACCCUCCAGUAAGCGGCGGCCACGCUCGCUUAUGCGGAAUGCAAAAAAUUCUUGGAAUACUAGCAUGCGACGUGGUUCGACGGCCCUUAUAA